CUCGGUACUCUACACCCUCCCUGACAUGUCACCCAUUCACGGUUAAAUGCAAUUUCAUAACUUCCAUUACCCCUUAUGGCUUCCUCUUCCUCUUCCUCUUCCUCUUCCAAAUCCCCUCCUCUUCUUCCCUCUCGCCAUUCUCCACAAUUCACCCCAAUUCAAGAAGAGCAUGAGUUGGAUGAGUUCAGUGAUGAUAGAAGCCAAAGUAGAACCACCCCAAGUGCUUCAACCGAUAAGGUUCUAACACCAAAGCAGCAGCAGCACCACCCUCCAACUCCUAUUGUUAACAAGGGCAAUGGAAAAUCCAAUCACAAGAAGAAAAGGUCUGAAUCAGAAGAAGAUGGUUCAGUGUCUUGCAACAAGUGUAGGCCACAUUCUAGAGACAAAAUCUUUGUGCUUCCCUUGGAUCACACCAACAGCAAUUCACAAAGCAAGCACUCUUCUUUGCUGGCGAGUCCCAAUGGGAUUUUCAGGUCCAUUGUUUCCAAGCUGACCCGGAAGAGUCCCAUGUCAGCGUCAGCAGAGCCCAUUCCAACAUCAAGAGAGGAACAGUGGAAGAUGGCUGUGGCUGAACUUUCUCACAAGCUUGUUCAAGCCACGAGGAAAAGGGACGAGGCUCUUCUAGAGGCUUCGAGGCUCAUGCACUCCAUGGCUGAGUUGGAGAAGAAGCUCAACAAGCUUGAGUUGUAUUGCCACAGCCUGAAAUCUGGCCUUGAAGAAUGCAGCAACAGUUCACCCUUUGCAAUGGGUAAGCCUCAAAGUUUCCACCAAGACACUGUGAUCCAACACUUCUUGGUGUGUGUGUCCGAAGCAAGGUCUUGUGUGAGGCUUCUUAGUCGUUCAUUAACCAUGCAAUUGAGACACAUGGGGAACAAGGUGUACGAGAAAGUUUCAUUUCUUCUACAACCUUAUGACAUAAGAGUGUCCUUCUCCAAGAGCCCAAGAAGCUUGCUUUUUUACUUAGAAGCCCUUUUGAAUAGAACCUUCUUUGAGGACUUUGAAACAAUCGGGUUCCAAAAGAACGCGUGUAAUCAAGUGCUGAACCCAAUGGAAAGGUGUGAGGCAAGUUUCGCUUCUUUCAACAUGCUUCAUGGGUUGACAUGGGAAGAGGUGCUGAGCAAAGGGACAAGGCACUUCAGUGAGGAAUUUAGCAGGUUUUGUGACAGGAAAAUGAGUGAGAUUGUGGCGAUGUUGGGUUGGAAUAGAGCAUGGCCAGAGCCACUUUUGCAAGCUUUCUUUGGUGCCUCAAAGAGUGUGUGGAUGGUGCAUUUGUUGGCAAACUCUGUGCAUCCAAGUCUUCCAAUUUUUAGAGUGGACAAAGGGGUGAGCUUUGAUUCGGUUUACAUGGAGGAUAUGGGUAGGGACAAGGCUUCUAAGUUGGUCCCUAGCAUGGUGAGGAUAAUGGUUGCACCAGGGUUUUAUGUCUAUGGCAGUGCUGUGAAAUGUAAGGUCCUUUGCAGGUACUUGAGCAAUAAUAGCCACAGUAAUAGUAACAAGGAAGACAAAGGUUUAACCCCAAGUACCCCUUAACUUUGUUUGGAUAAGCUUAUAUUGUAAUUUUUUUAGCCAAUAUUGUUGAUGUAUAUUAUAUUGGGGCAGAAGGGUUGAUUUUGUGAAAACUUUUUAUGUAGUGUAAUAGGCAAUGUUUCAUCAAGCUUGGGAUGUUGGUAUAUCGAGAUU